UUAAUUUAAAAUAUAUUUAAAAAAUAGAUCAAAAAAAUUUGGCUAUGUUUUCUUUGCUACUAUUCGUAUGAUCAGCUUCGAGUAACCCAGCAUGCUUUGCUUCUUGAAGACGUUUCGCUCCUCAGUGAUUAAGAUUGUUGACAGCAGAGUUUUCAUUUAGGAAGAGCAGGAUGUUUGUGUCGCCAUGAGCAACUAUGAAGGAAGCAUCUUUAGAGAAAUGGAUCCAGGAUGCAAAUGUGUUGACUUUUAUGACAGCUGCUCUGAAAAGUUUCCAUGAGGAAGUAAAAACAGGCAGCCACUGUGCUGAGUUUAGCUUUAUGAAUAGACUAGCAAACAGUGUGUGUGAGCAUAGGAUCGGUUUUUAUUAUAAUAACAUGCAAAUGGCUGCAGAGACACGAAGAACAGAAGAAGAGAUAACAUCACAAAACAUCAAGGAGAACCAAAGCAAAUAUUUUACAGGUUUUCAUAUUCUGGAAGCUGAUAGUUUUGUUUUGUGUUUUUUUAUUUAUUUUUUUAUGACAGCUACUCUGAAAUGUUUACAUGAGAAAAUAUAAUUUUUUAUUAUCAUGACAUGCAAAUGGCUGCAGAGAGAUGAAGAACAGAAUAAGACAUAAGACCUGAGAGAAGGUGAUCAUUUCUUUCCCACUCCUCAAAUAGAUUCUAGCGGUGAUCUGAUAUGGCGUCUAAUCAUGCCUAAAAGUCAUUCAGAUUUUUCAGAUAGGACUAUUCUGGUCCUAUGGUAUGGUGAAGUGCUUUAGUGUAUUGACCAGAAAAGAAAAUGACAGUUCAGAGCGCGUCUCAGUAUCUGCGUUUCCAUUACAAAUGAUUUCCCGCUAAUGUCAAAAAGACGCAAUCGCUGCGUUUCCAUCAAAUAAGAAACGCAAUCCCAUCAGCCUAACACAUCCUGUCGUCUCAUUCGUCAUUUCCACCAGCAGUAAUGUUCGCUUGUUGAUCACGUGACUCGUGCGAUGGGAAAACAGUGUUUCCAUUGCAGUUUUGUGAAAUACACUAGUUUUGAUUCGGUCAACAAAAAAAACAACAAAAAAAAAACAAACAUUGAGUCCAAGCACAAAAAAAUGGACAAGAAACAUUUUCUUCAGACAGGAUAUUUAACUGGACUGGAGUUAUUCAUAACUGGGUUGGUAUUUUGGGAAAAUGCCAAUAAUUGACUGGUUAAACGGAUAAAAUAGACAACAUGAAGAUUUUCAGUGUUCUAAAAAUGUUUCAUCUGACGUAUAAAGUCAAUCAGAAUAACACCUCUCUCACUCUGCUUUUCAUUAAUCCAACAACUCAGAGUUUUCUGGACACAAAGAAAACUCCAGGAUGAUGGCAAAGCAAAGUCUGAACAUUUGUAAUAGUUCAGUGUUUACUGUUAAAAGAUAUAGAUGUAAAACGCAGAGACUUAUCCCUACAUCCAUCAAUACUGACACAUUUUAACGCUACAUCUAGUUGACUUAGACAUCUGUUGCUUUAUUUAGUUUCAUACUUGAAUAUUUAAAUGUUCUCUCCAUGCUGAGGGUUAUCCGUCAGACCGAACGCAGCAAACAGAUCUGCCUGCAACAGAACACCAGCAUCUUUAUUUCAACACAAGACAACUUAACUAAAUUCCAGCCUCAGAAAAGUUACAGCAGAACAGAAGGUCCAUUGAGACGCCAAGGCAGCAGAAGCAGAACCACAGAUCAGAGACAAAUUUGUGGGAAAACGACAUCAGACACAACAACUAACAUCAAACAUGCAGUGGACUCUGCUGCUGCUCAUUUGGAUGGGUCAUUAUUGUGUGAUUGUUUGUCAGCUGUAUGAGUUUCACUACAUUAAUGAGAAUAAGACCUGGACUGAAGCUCAGCAGUACUGCAGAGAGAAACACACUGACCUGGCCACAGUGACUAACAUGAAGGACAUGAAGAGACUCAUCAACAUUUUACCUAGAGAUCAGAGUGGAGCCUGGAUUGGUCUGUAUUAUCAAACAGAUGGUACCAGAAAGUGGCACUGGUCUCUGCCUGGACUGGAGUUCAAUGAAAGUGAGAUAAACUGGAACCGAGGAGAACCAAAUGAUGCAACUGGGUGGCAGAACUGUGGAAUCAUAUGGAAGAGCCUGAAGUGGGGAGACGUGUCCUGUCAUGAUCCUCGAUAUUUUCUCUGCUAUGAUGACAGAAAUUCAUCCAAGAAAUAUCACUUGAUUCAAGAAAUGAAAUCUUGGACAGAAGCUCAGAGUUACUGCAGAGAGAAACACACAGACCUGAUCAGUGGAACGAAGCAACUACAGGAUGAAGAAGUGAAGAAAGAAACCAGCUCUGUGGGAGAUAAUACAUACAUUUUAAUUGGUCUGUUCAGAGAGAAAUGGAGGUGGUCAGAUGGAAGCAGCUUCUCUUUCAGAAACUGGACAAAAGGGUUUGACUAUCAGGUAGAAUACAGUGGUCAAUGUGCCAUGACUGUGUUUGGUGAUGGAGGCAGAUGGUGGAAUGAGACCUGUGCUGAAAGAAAACCUUUCAUCUGUUAUGAUGAUAAAGUGAUCCUGAUCAAAGAAAAUAAAACCUGGAAAGACGCCUUGACCUACUGCAGAGAUCAUUAUGAUGACCUGGUCACCAUCACCAACAUGGAUCAACAGAUAUCAGUUCAGCAGAAAGCCCAGUUCGCAUCGACUCCUUUUGUCUGGUUGGGUCUGCGCUUCAACUGCUUCAAGAACAUCUGGUUCUGGGUCUGUAAGGAGAUCAGCUAUCAGAACUCGACCUCAGCAGGAUGGAUGAACAACUGUAACACGUCUGGAGCCAUGCAGGCUGGAGGAGAACAUAGAUGGUUCCAAAGAAACGACACAGAGGAACUGAACUUCAUUUGUUCUAAGGUUUAAAGCUCUACGUCGUGGCAUUAGGGCCACAGCAGACCAAAGGAACGAUGAGGCCAAAGACGAGAUAACGUUGAUUAGAUGCAGACUGUCUCUUUAAACCACUACAGUAAGAAAAAUAUGGUUGCUUUUUAUAUUCAAAUCACAGAAGCUAUUUCAAAGUAAAAGCUAUUGCAUCAUACAUGGUGUAUUCUUUAAAAACUCUUGCCUGAAUCACAGCUGGACCAAAAGCUUUUACAAUACUGAUGUUUUGAAAAACUAAGAUGAUGUGUUUCUCUCUUAUUGUUGCUAAUAUUUGAUCUUGUGCCUCCAGAGGUUGUCAUGGAUGCUGUUUUCCAGACAUUUCUUUCUGAUUUUAUGCAUCUUUGUAUUGCUUUACCUAAAUAAAUAAAUAAUCGAGUGUAUGACUA